AUUUUCUAAGAAAGACGUGUCAGUCAGCGAAAAGUCAAUCAAUUUCAAUAGAAUUUGGUAGUGUAUUGUUGGAAUUCAUGUAUGGGAAAAUAUUUAUUGCAUAUUUUAUUUAGUUGGUAAUAUUUUUUUAACUAAAAUGCCGACAAUCGCUGCGGCUAAACCGGUAAAUGGCCAUAAUCAAGGCAUAUUUCACAACACAGCCGGCUUUAGCACCCUCAUCACGGUUACAGUUUUGACUCUUGCUUGGUUGGCCGGCUUUGCAUCCCGGCUUUUUGCUGUUAUACGAUUCGAAAGUAUUAUUCAUGAGUUUGAUCCAUGGUUUAACUACAGAUCCACGGCCUAUAUGGUGGAACACGGAUUUUACAAUUUCUUAAAUUGGUUUGAUGAGCGAGCUUGGUAUCCUUUAGGAAGAAUUGUUGGGGGAACUGUGUAUCCUGGUCUUAUGCUUACAUCGGGUACCAUCCAUUGGCUUUUACAUGCCCUUAACAUUCCAAUACAUAUAAGAGAUAUAUGUGUAUUUCUUGCUCCAGUGUUUAGUGGGCUCACAGCAAUAGCAACAUAUUUAUUGACAUCAGAGCUUUGGUCAAGAGGAGCUGGUUUAUUUGCUGCUUGCUUUAUAGCAAUUGUGCCUGGAUACAGUAGCAGGUCUGUGGCAGGAAGCUAUGAUAAUGAAGGAAUUGCUAUCUUUGCUUUGCAAUUUACAUACUAUCUAUGGCUAAAGAGUGUUAAAAGCGGCUCAGUUUUUUGGUCAAUAUGCACAGCACUAUCUUAUUUUUACAUGGUAUCAGCAUGGGGUGGUUAUGUUUUUAUUAUAAAUUUAAUCCCCCUCCAUGUAUUUGUCCUGCUCAUAAUGGGAAGAUUCUCACAAAGAGUGUUUGUGAGCUACACAGUCUUCUACAUAAUUGGACUAGUAUUUUCAAUGCAAAUUCCUUUUGUUGGAUUCCAACCUAUUCGGACUAGUGAGCAUAUGGCUGCUUCAGGUGUGUUUGCAUUGUUAAUGGUAGUUGGAGCAUUGAAAUAUUUACACAGUUUGAAUCCAAAAGGUGAAUGGAAGCAACUCCUGGUACUAGGCACGCUUGUCGCAGCUGGUGCCGUAUUUUUGGCGGUUGUGGCCUUGACUUAUAUGGGAGUUAUUGCUCCUUGGAGCGGAAGGUUUUACUCACUAUGGGAUACAGGUUAUGCAAAGAUUCAUAUCCCUAUAAUAGCAUCUGUGUCUGAACAUCAGCCUACCACGUGGUCGUCGUUUUUCUUUGACCUGCACGUUCUGGUCUGCACAUUCCCGGUCGGUCUAUGGUACUGCAUAAAGAAUAUCAAUGAUGAACGUGUGUUUGUUGCCCUGUACGCAAUAAGCGCGGUAUACUUCGCGGGUGUGAUGGUUCGUCUGAUGCUGACACUCACGCCAGUUGUGUGUGUUUUGUCUGGAAUCGCAUUCUCCAUAAUUUUGGAGCUGGUCCUUCGUGAGGAUGACCCAACGCAGGCCUCUGUCGAGACUGAGGAGUCCAAGAAUUUGUAUGACAAGGCGGGCAAAGUAAAGAAACGCGUCCCGGAACCAGCGCAGACGCAAGAACAGGGAUUGGGAUUAUAUGCACGUCCCGGCACCGUCAUAGCCUUCAUGAUAUUACUCAUGUUGUUCUCUGUUCAUUGUACUUGGGCCACUUCGAAUGCCUACUCCAGCCCUAGUAUAGUCCUCGCCAGCUAUGGCAACGAUGGAUCGCGAAGAAUUUUAGAUGACUUCAGGGAAGCCUAUGGUUGGUUAUCACAAAACACGGCUGAGGAUGCAAGAAUUAUGUCCUGGUGGGAUUACGGAUAUCAGAUAGCUGGAAUGGGAAAUCGAACGACACUAGUGGACAAUAAUACGUGGAACAAUUCCCAUAUCGCCCUUGUGGGUAAGGCGAUGGCGAGUAAUGAGAGUGCGGCCUAUGAAAUUAUGAGCAUGCUUGACGUCGAUUAUGUGUUGGUGAUCUUUGGUGGCGCUAUUGGGUACUCGGGAGAUGAUAUUAAUAAAUUCAUAUGGAUGGUUAGGAUUGCUGAAGGCGAACAUCCCAAGGAUAUUCAUGAAGCCGACUAUUUUACUGAGCGUGGAGAAUACAGAAUAGACGCGGAAGGCUCUAAAACUAUGUUGAACUGUUUAAUGUAUAAGUUGUCCUAUUACAGAUAUGAUAGUGGUGGCAGUCCACCGGGUUACGAUAGGACGCGAAACGCGAUGCCCGGAAAUCGCGGUUUCAAACUAACUUACCUCGAAGAGUCGUACACUACGGAGCAUUGGCUCGUUAGAAUAUACAGAGUGAAGAAGCGAGACGAAUUUAACCGACCGCGUGUCCCGCUCGCAAAGAGAACUAUAUCAACAAGCAACUCUAUAUCUAAAAAGGCGAGGUCAUCGCUAUAACCCGAUGCAGAUUAACACGACGUCGAAGCGAAGAAAAGGUCUACUUAAAAAUAAACCAACAGUUGUCAAAGGUAAGAAGAUGAGACUAGAGUGACGUACAGCCUAGUUUAGUUGUCAGUGGAGAUGCGUUAAGCUUUGUAUAGGGUCGGAUACGCUUACAAAUAACAUAGAACGUUAAUUUUGGCAAUAACCAGGUAGAUAGAGUCUAUGUACAAUCUAAUCAUAGAGACUGGAAUGAAGUGGCCGGCUGUCAAGUAAAUUCUGAUAUUUAAGAGCAUUUAAUAUUUUGUAGAGAUAGUAAAUAUUUUUCGCCCAAUUUCUUUUAAUUGCAAUAAGAAUUUGACUACUACUACUUUGUUACGCAUUUAACAAAAUUCAGGCGAAAAAUCCACAUGUGUUACAAUCAUGUCACCACAUUCAGUCCAUUCUCAAUGACUUAGGAAACAUACCUCGUGUUUAUAGCAAUAAAUAAUGUUUUAAAUGUAUUUUUAUGGCAACACUGACUACAGCUAUGAAUGUCAGACAUUAAGGAUAAAUAUUAGAGAUGUUUAAAAUAUUUUUUUUUGCAAUAAAUGAUUUUUCUGUCUAUGGACAACAUGCAAACGUGCAAUUCAUAAAGUUUUAAUAUAUAAUUAAGUAUCAACCUAUAAAUCUUUUUGUAAGUAAUGAAAACUUGUUGUAAUUAAAUUUUAUUUUUAAUCAGAUAAUUGGAAUAUAGAGAAUAAUUCGAUGAAACUUAUAAAAAUAUUGUUUUUAAACUCUUAGAAAUGUAAAAAAUUCUAUGGUGCUAAUUAUGACGUACAGCUAUCUAAACUAGAAAUAAAAUUAAAAUUUAACAGUAGUUGUUCUUUAAUCACAACUACGUAAUCAAUAUUACUCCUGUUGAAAUACUGCUAUAUAUCUGUCUAGUUUGUGUAAGUCAAAAUUAGCAUCAGUCUUUAUUUCAAGAAAUUGGUGUUUUAAUAAAAUCUAUAUCUGUGUUUGUGAUAUGAUAGACUAAUGUAAAGAUACGCAUCUCCUCUGGUUAUUUAUUUAAAGCUAUGUGACUGACACCAAUUUUGUCUUUAGUCCAUUAGAAUUGUUAGGAGUUUGUUUAAUUUUAACGGUUUGAAAAUCGAUCACUUGGUCAUUGUGCACAAUGUAAUGUAACUUAAGAUUUAAUUCGAAGUGCAAUGUCAAUAGAAAAUUAGCUUUAGACGUAUCAUUAUUGCGAUAUUGAAAAUGAUACGAUACCUUCUCGUAUGCUCUCAAAAUGUUAUUUUUUGCAUUUAGAACAUUAACGAACGAAAGAAAAAACGUUGUACCUAAUAUGUCUCCUUGGUGCACCUUUAUUUUAUAUUACAGUCAUGCCAAUGAUCAUGUCCUCGAUAUAUUUGUAGUAAAAGUGUGUUUGUGCAGGAAUGGAGAACACGCUACUUAAGACCUUUUGCAUUUAAUAAAAAGACAUUUUAUGAAUACCGGAAUAAAUAGAGAUAUUUAAUUAUAUAUGGCAAUAAUGUCGUCGGAUAAUUUUAACAAGCAAUGUCUUCUGAAAUCAAAAGGAAAAUUUUUGAUUAUGAUGCGUUUUUUGAUCAUUAAAGAACUACCCACGUUGUUAAAAACAUGCCUAGAAUUAUCUUUGUUAAAAAUGUUCUCCAUUACUGAUUUAAUAAAAUUACGCAAUUGCGUCCAUUGUAUAUUAAUUGAUAGUUUAGAUUCGUUCAAUAAAUGUGGCCAACUAGCUAAUAUCCGGGGUUUCUCUGCGUACGAUUAAGAAAAGAAUUUCAAUUUAAAAUCGUUCCCUCGUAAAUUCAUUGAGAUCGGUUCAGCUCCUUCAUCUGAAGUUGUAGCAGAGAGUUACACUUGAAUUUUUCUAUAUUUAGGUGUUAGCAACCUCGCAUUUCAAAAAGUACAGUCAUACAAUUGUUGACAUUUAACAGAACCUUAUUUUGACACACUUAAGGUUUAUUAUCGGGUACAAACUUAAUCCCGAAGGCAUUGUACGACUGUUAGAAGGCACAACUUGCUUUUUCGGGUUUGUUAAAAGUGACUUUCUAGUGCUUAAUUUUCUGUAUGCGUAAGAACGUUAAGUACUUAUAAUUUAUAAAGUGUCAUUGGUCAUGUAUUUAAGGUUUAAAUAUUUUUGACCAAAAUUUAGUUUUUUUUUGUUGUAAAGGUUCUUUCGUUAUACUGUCUUAACACAAGACUAUUUAAUUAAGAAAUACUGUUGUUAUACAGUGUCUAGCAUGCAAGUAAUUAUUAAAAUUCGGAGUUAUAAUCCCUUGAAAAUUUCGAUGAUUAUAAUCUUGUUUAUGAUGACCGUGACACAAUACUGUCUUAAUUUUUAAAUAAGAUAUUUUUCGCGUCUCUGGAGUGCUUUGCGUAUUGUAACAUCUUUUAUAAAUGUUGUUUAAUUUUAUUGUUUCACAGCACUUAUUGUUUUCUUGUGACAGAGAUUUAUAUUCUAGACUAGGUGAAAUGUCAUUUUUCGUUGUUCACAAGUGAAAACUUCUUUUUGAGCGACACCCAACUUUUUCUACAUCAGAAUUGUCGUUGUAUGUAUACAAUGUGUCCUAAUAAAAGCUGAUGAUAAUAA